AUGAAAGUUUUGCUGAUGGAUUCCGAAACAGUCAGUUGUACUUGUUAAAACAUACAGAAAUGAUUUUUUUAAUUCAGACUCCUAUCAUAUCAUGCGCAUUUGCUCAAUCAGAAGUUAUGCAAAAAGAAGUGUUUUUAUUUGAACGAAUUGACAAUGGGAGAUCGAUUGAAAAUAUGAAAAAUUUAAAGUGCAUUGUUUUUGUCCGACCUACUUCAGAUAACAUUCAACGAAUAAUGCAAGAAUUACAAGAGCCAAGAUUCAGUCAGUACUACCUUCGUGAGUUAUUUUCAAUGGUUUCGAAUACGGAUAGAUUGCAUUCGUAUAAUACCACGGGGCGUCAAGCACGACAUCGCUGCAUUUGCAUCAACAUUGCGAAAAAACUUGGCGACGCCGUAUCGCCGCAACGCUUUUUGAAUCGCUACCCAGCAAAUUACGGUACAACCUACUUAUCUAACCCGUUGGCGGUGAUUCAAAUUUUUUUAAUCGCCGCCGUCGCUCUCAACACCACGUGUAAUACGAUAGAAUCUGUUUGCGGAUCCCAAAUAUUGUUUUUUCAGCUUGCGGACUAAUUUAUUUCUUUAGCUUCAUUGGCUCCGAUAUCUGUUUCCCUGUCAAAUUUUUUUUUCAGAUUUUUCCAAUGCCAUAAGUAAGAACGAAGUAAAACGCUUGGCCGAGUCAGACAAAACCGAAACGGUAGAAUUUUUUUGUUUAUGGAGUCUAUAAUUUUUGGAAAAAGUGUUGAUGCGCUUCAAACGCUCUGAAGUUUCAGGUUCGCGAAGUUCAAGAAGUAUUUUUGGAUGGCAUCCCACUCAGAAAAGAUUUGUUCACGCUCAAUAUCAACCACAUUUAUGACACCGAGUUCUCCAUUAAAGAAGAAGCAAUUAAUAGAAUUAAACAUGGGAUUGUUUCACUUAUAUUGCAACUAAAAAAGAAACCAGCUGUCCGGUUAGUGUUUGUAGAGAGUAACCAAAACAAAAGCUGUUAGUGCUAACUGAAAUUCUGAAUUAUGAGGUCCAUAUUAAUUCAGCAAGAGUUUGUUACUCCACGUCCAUUUACAGGCAAAAUAUGGAUUACGGGUGCUAAGAAAUUGAUUGGCGUUGAGUCUGUGUUUCUAGGAUUUGAAAGCUAGGAACAAGAGAAAAACAGAAAAUAUGUGAGGAUUUUCAGUUUCGUAGUACCCAAAAUGAUAAUUUUUUGAAUAGAACAAGUUUUGAGGUGCAACUUCGAAACUUCGACUUUGGAAAGAAACUGCUUUGAAUUAGAAUUUCCCCGAAAUGAAACUUCUUUGAAAUGGAACUAAUAGCGACAAAAAAAAAUAUCUAAAAAAAAUUGGGAUGAGUUAACUUCUUUUUAGGUAUCAGAAAAAUUCUACAAACUGCAAGACGAUCGCUGAAGAGGUUUCGCAGUUUUUCCGUCGGGAGAAUUUGUUAUUUGAGAAUGCUAAGAGUGAUACCGUUCUUCUUGUUAUAGAACGAUCACAAGAUAUUGUGACCCCUCUUCUCAACCAAUGGACUUAUGAAGCCAUGAUCCAUGAGCUGUUGAAUAUAAAAAACAAUAGAUGUUCAUGCAGUGAACAGAUAAUUGUUCUGAGUGAACAACACGAUGAAUUUUUUGCGCAGGUAAUCUUAUGACAUUAUCCUCAUUGACAUACAAAAACGGUUUUUAGAACAUUACAUCUAAUUUUGGAGAAAUUGGACAGAAUAUCAAAACUUUGAUCAAUAAAUUUCAACAACAAAAGAAUAUCAACAAAAAUCUCGAAUCAAUUCAGGAUAUGAAGAAAUUUGUUGAAGACUAUCCACAGUUCAAAAAAAUUAGCGGAACUGUUUCAAAGCACGUCAGCCUCGUUGGGGAACUUAGUAAAUUUGUUCAAGAAUAUAAUUUACUGGAAAUUUCCGAGGCAAAGUGUAUUAUUAUUUUUCUGAGCCUUUUUCUAUUUUACAGGUAGAGCAAGCAAUUGUUUCCGAAGGCGACCACAGUAAAUGUAUUGAUCGAGUUAGGGGACUUAUGAAAAAACCUGGCACAAGAUCAUUGGUAUGUGAUUGUCAUAUUGUUCACAACUCAAAAAAAAGUGUUUAUGUACGUUAACAUGUUUUCAUUGUGAAAAUAAAAUCUAAACAAUAAAAUCCUCCUGUAUCUUCUUGACCAUAUCUAGUGGCCUCUACACAGAGCCUCAGCAGGGCGUAAAACCGUAAUCUUUACUUUCGUAAAAACCGUGAAGUUUUCCUGUUAUAUGGAUUUUCCUUAAAAAAGUGCGGACAGAAUUUGGUAUGACAUACCACCGACGUGGUAAUUUUAAGAGAGAUAAAAUUUAACAAAUUCGGUAAAACACAAAAAAAAAUUGCUUCUGUAAUAACUUUUUUGAAAUAUCGUCUUGCAGGAUGCUGCUCGCCUUGUGCUGUUAUACGCGAUUCGUUUUGAAAAGUUUCCGGGUAAUGAAACUGCUAUGCUUAUCAACCAGCUAAAACAACAUGUACGUUUGAAUUGAAAGUUUAGCGAAUCAAUAGCUUUCUCAUUAGGACAGUAAAUUACCAAACAUUGUCAUGAGAGCAUUGACGUAUGGAGGAUCAACGAAAAGACCAACUGAUUUGUUUGGAGGGCAAUCUACUAUGGACAUCACAAAACGGUGCGUCGAAUACUUCAAGCAUAAUAAAUACACGGAUUGGCUUUUAAGGUUUAUAAAAGGUCUAAAAGGUGUUGAAAAUAUUUACACACAACAUUCUCCAUAUUUGCAAAACAUAAUCGAGCAUUGUCAACGCGGACGUUUUGAAAACUUUUCACUCAUCGGAUUGGACUGGUGAAACUUGACUUUUACUCAGUUGAUGACGCGUCUUACUGAAUUUACAGCGAACGAAUGGACAACCUUAUCGUUUUCAUAAUUGGUGGAGCCACCUAUGAAGAAGCAGCAAUUGUGCGCUAUUCAAACCAGAGAAGAAUGCAAGGUCAUGGUGGUCCUGCCAUAGUUCUUGCAGGAAAUUGUAUGCUAAACACAGAAAGGUAGGAAAUAUGAAAACGCGGGAAGUACAAUUUAUUAAUUACUUUCAGCUUCCUCGAAGAGUUUAAAACGUUUGCUUAA